GGGCCGGGGCCGGGGCCGGGGCCGGGGCGAUGGCGCUGGAGCGGGCGCUGCUGGCGGCGCGGCAGGGCGACGUGGAGGCGCUGCGGGCGCUGCGGGCGGCGGGGCUGCUGCGGCCGGGGCUGCGGGACGCGCUGGGCGCCUCGCCCGCGCACCACGCCGCCCGCGCCGGCCGCCUCGCCUGCCUCCGCUACCUGGCCGCCGAGGCGGCGCUCCGCGGGGACGCGCGAGCGCGCAACGGGGCCACGCCGGCCCACGACGCCGCCGCCACCGGCAACCUCGCCUGUCUCCAGUGGCUGCUCACGCAGGGCGGCUGCGGCGUGCAGGACACAGACAACUCCGGUGCCACCAUCCUGCAUCUCGCGGCCCGUUUCGGGCACCACGAAGUCAUCGACUGGCUCCUCCGCUUCGGGGGCAGCGACCCCACGGCAGCCACGGAGACGGGAGCGCUGCCCGUCCACUACGCUGCGGCCAAAGGAGAUUUCCCUUCCCUGCAACUUCUCUUAGGACACUGCCCGAGCACGCUCGGCGCGCGGACCAAGACCGGUGCCACCCCUCUGUACCUCGCCUGCCAGGAGGGCCACCUGGAGCUCGUCCAGUUCCUGGUGAAGGACUGCGGCGCCGACCCCCACGUGCGCGCCAGCGACGGCAUGACGCCGCUGCACGCCGCCGCCCAGAUGGGCCACAACACCGUCAUCGUCUGGCUGAUGAGCUUCACCACGGUGAGCCUCUCGGAGCGGGACGGCGCCGGCGCCACGGCCAUGCACUUCGCCGCCAGCCGCGGCCACGCCAAGGUGCUGAGCUGGCUGCUGCUGCACGGCGGCGAGAUCAGCGCCGACGCCUGGGGCGGCACGCCGCUGCACGACGCCGCCGAGAACGGCGAGCUGGAGUGCUGCCAGAUCCUGGUGGUGAACGGCGCCGACCUCGGCGUGCGCGACCACGACGGCUACACCGCGGCCGACCUCGCCGACUGCAACGGCCACGGCCCCUGCGCCGAGUACCUGCGCACCGUGGAGAACAUGAGCGCCGAGCACCGCGCGCUGUCGCGGGACCCCUCCGGCGACGGCGAGGGCCGGCAGCCCGACUCGGGCAUGUCGUCGCCCAACACCACGGCGUCGGCGCCGCAGGCGCGCUUCGAGCUGGGCUCCCCGGCCAGCACCCUCUCCAGCUACGACUCCUGCAACUCCAGCCGCUCCAGCACCGGCGGCCAGCGGGGCGGCCCGCCCGGGGCCACCGCAGCCCGCGGCCCCGCCGCGGCGCUCGCCGACAUGCAGGCCUACAUGGACAUGCUGGACCCCGAGCCGCGGCCGCGGGGCGCCCGGGGGCCGCCCGGCGAGGGCCCCCCGCCGCCGCCGCCGCCGCCGCCCGGCUUCCCCCCGCCGCCGCCGCCGGGCGCCCGGCCGCCCCCGCCGCCGCCCCCCGGCUACCCGGCGCCCGCGCCGCCCGCCCAGCACACGGCCGACAUCUACGUGCGGGCCAAGAACAACCUGCGGCACGUGGAGAGCCAGGCGCUGCACCGCGAGCUGGCGUCGCGCGAGAGCAGCCCCGAGGGCCUGCGGCGGGCCGACUCCACGAGGAGGUCGAGGACCUUCGGCAAGCAGCCGAGCACCGGCGACUACUACAAGCAGCUGGGGCCCGGCGCCGCCGAGCCGCCCGGGCCCCGCGGCACGGCGCCCAGCCAGGAGGCGCCGCUCCUCUCCGCGGACACCAUGCACAACGGCAGCCCGGCGGAGAGCAAGCCCGGCACGGAGCCGCCGCCGCCGCCGCCGCCGCCGCCGCUGCCCGCCGCCGCCUGCCCGCCGCCCCCGCCGCCGCCGCCGCCGGCCGAGGCCCCCACCGGCCCCCGCCGCUCCUCCUCCUCCGCGGGAAAAGGCAAAGCCUUGAGGCAGAUGAAGAGUACCAAGUCCUUCAACAUGAUGUCCCCCACCGGCGACAACUCGGAGCUGCUGGCCGAGAUCAAGGCCGGGAAGAGCCUCAAGCCGACGCCGCAGAGCAAAGGCUUCACCACCGUCUUCUCCGGCAGCGGCCAGGCGGGCGCCAACGCCGAGUCGCCGGCAUCCUCCCCGUCGCCGGCCAGGACGCCGACCCCGCCGGCCACCCCCGAGGCCGCGGCGGCGGCGCCGCGGGCGGGCGGCUCGCCGGAGCCGGUGGUGAACGGGAGCUCGCCGGUGCCGGCGGCGGGGGCCGGGGGGCCGCCGGACGCGGAGGCGCUGGUGCCGAGCCGCGACGAGCAGGGCCGGCCCAUCCCCGAGUGGAAGCGGCAGGUGAUGGUGCGCAAGCUGCAGCUGAAGAUGCAGGAGGAGGAGGAGCAGAAGCGCAAGCUGGAGCCCGGGAGCGUCUCGCCCGCCGCGCGCCGGCACUGCUCCCCCGCCCGCGGGGCCGUGCUGGGACCCUUUGGGCAGCUCAUGACGGAGCAGGACAUUCUCCGCAUUGAGAGGCAAAUCGAAAACCUGCAGGUGAUGCGCAAGGUGCAGACGGCGGAGCCGCAGCUGCAGCAGCUGGAGGAGGAGCUGCGGCAGCUCCUGCCGCUCUCCGCCGCCCUGGCCCCGGAGCCCUUCAGCCUCGACCCCGAGCGCGUGCAGGGCCGCGCCGACGACCUGCCCGCCUGGUGCAGCAAGAUCUCCGCGCUGCUCAAGAGCAUGGCCGUGCUGCUGGCCGCGCUGGGGGGCAAGGAGGGCGAUGCCGUCGCCAGUGCCGCUGCCGCCGCUGCCGCCGCGCCGGGGGGCCACGACGCCCGCCGGGAGAUCCUGCGGAGCGGCGUCUCCGUGAAGACGCUCAAGGCCAGCUACGAGGCGCCGGCGCCCGGGGCCUGCCUCGGCGAGCCGCCCCGCGCCGCGGGGGCCGCGGGGGCCGCGGGGGCCGCGGGGCCGGGGCUGCCCCGGCGCAGCCGCCCGGUGCAGACGGAGCUCAGCUGCCCGCCGGACGGCACCGCCGCGCGCAAGGAGCGCGCCGUCUCCCUCUUCCUGCAGCACUGGCGGACCUGGGCGCUGGCGCAGGCGGCCCGGCCACCACCGCCGGCGCUGGGGAGGCUGCUGGGGCGCUGGCGCAGCCGGGUGCCCGGGCGGCAGCUCCGCCGCCUCGGCCGCGCCGCCCGGCUCUACUGGCCGCAGCAGUUCUUGCCGCACGUGGGCGGCCGCCCGCCGCCCUACGAGAGCCUCUCGCUGGAGCGCUUCAUGCUGGGCUACUUCCAGCUGCUGGAGAUGAACCUGAGCCGGGAGGAGCGGCGCUUCCGGCACCUGCUCUGCUACGAGAUGUUCGCGCGCCUGGGCCGGCACCCCUGGGCGCGCAUCCGCCGCUUCCACCGCGCCGCCCUGGAGCGCGUGGAGGCCGGCCGCCGCGGCUGGCGCGACGGCUUCGACGACCUGGCGCGCCACUUCUUCGGCGGCGACGGCGCCCCGGCCGCGGUGCCGGGCGGCGGCGGCGGCGACGACGGCGUCUGCCGCAACGCGGGCGGCAGCUUCUCCUCCUGGAAGGAGCGGGAGGCCGGGACGGGCGACGCCUGACCCCGCGGCCGGGGCGGCAGUGGCGGCGGCGGCCCCGGGCCGGCGGACGCGGUUGCGGCGGUGGCCGAGGCGGCGGCCGAGGACGCGGUGGUUUCCGUGGCCGUGGUGGCGGCGGCGGCGGCGGCUGUGGACGCAGUGGCGGCGGUGGCACAGAGCGGGGCGUCCCGCCGGGGCCGCGCUCGCUGCGCGUGCGUGCACGUGCGGGCGCAGGGCCGCGUGCCGCCGGUCGGUGCCGGCCCCGGCUGUGCAACGAACCCGCGUGCGCUGCGCCGGCCCACGCCCCGGCACGCCUUGGCAGCAGGCCUCCCCGGCGCCAGCAUCGCGCUGCGGCACGGCCGCGGGGGCUCACGCCGC